UACAAAGUCAAACUGUCUGAUAUGUGAAUGGGAAGGCUGCAAAUAAAAAAAUAUAUAUAUAUACCUAUAAAAUAUCGAGGUAGGAGAACAACAGGUGUCUGAGGUGUUAUUGGUAAACAAGCCCUCAGACAAUGAUGUCAGAGGCUUAGUGAUGAAGAGGUUUAUCACGCACCAUGGUGUCUGUCUGUCAGUCAUUUGUUCCAAGCGCCUGUCGAUGCUUCAGAGCGCCGUGGGCCACAGAGAGAAUACAGAGGCUGUUCGCUGGCGCAUUUCGGUGACAAUGAACACGCUGGAGGACGUCCCGUUUCAGACCCCGCUGGGUCCGCUGGAGGAGCAAGCGCGGAUGGUGACGGCUCCAGAUGUCACCAUACCAGCCUGCCACCGGAUACUGCGAGAAACCGAGUAUGGAUUCAACCUGGAGAAAUGGAUUUUGACCGGGCAGCAGCCAGUCUGCCAGGCCCCGUCCUGCCCCCCUUACUGGCUGAUGUUCAGCAGCCCUCAGGAAAGUCGCAGGGCCAACCGCAGGUGCAUCGACUCGCUGGCCUGGAGCCUCAGGCCCCGCAGUCACAGCCUGAGCUCCGCAGACGCCCGCAGGCUGCACCAUCGCACUGUCAGGUUCUUCAUACCUGACUCAGAGGAUGAAGACGGUUACCACGAGGACAACGAGGGCUCCUCUACUGAAGAUGCACCUCACCCGUUCAAGAGCGGACAGCGGCCCUGGAGCGCGGCGCCCAAAGACCGAGUCUCCAGAGUCAAGGACACGCGGCCUGGUCCCUCCACUCACCACUGUAAACCUGACUCACCUCAGGGCCUCCGAGGCCACAGGGGCGCCUUCCCUUCGUCCCAAGACUGCAGGCAACCUCCGCGGGCGCUGGAGAAGCACAGAUCGCAGCAGGCCAGCCCGACCCCCCACGGGCAGAAGACCGGCAAGAAGAGGCAGCGUUCGCUGGGCUCUGUGGGCAGAAAGUACUCCCAGAACACUCCACCCGCUCGUCCGUCUCUAUCCGGGCUGCAGCAGCAGCAACGACCCUCUUCUGCCGGGCCUGUUGUCAAAAACCGCAGACAGAAGACCCUCAGGACUAGGUACUCCCAUGGCGUCUACUUUGACUCGGCGGAGCUGUUGACGGCGCUCAGCCAGGAGGAGCGGGAGCUGCUUGAAACCAUCACGGAGAAUGGCUACCCCUUGCACACAGCCAUUCUGGCUCUGCAGAAGACGGGCUAUCGCAGCCCAGAGAAGAUCCUAAAAUACCUAGUUGCCAGCGACCGUCUGUGUGAACUGGGCUAUGAUGAAGCACAGGUAGAGGAGGCCUUGGAGAUGUUUCAGAACUGUGAGAGCAAGGCUGCUGAGUUCCUGCGCCUCCUGACUCAGUUUAAUGAGAUGGGCUUCCAGCAAAGUGCAAUCAAAGAAGUGCUGCUUGUUCAUGAAAAUCACCGUGAGAGGGCUCUUGAAGAACUCAUGACACGAAUGGCUUAAACAGACCAUCUUAAUAAAGGAUUAUUUUCACAUCUAUGUGCUAAAGAAACAGUAUGUGGUCAAAACGGAAUACUUAACAGAUACUGCCUUCUGACUUGGUCUCAGACUUAACAUAAAACCCUUGCAGUUCAACCAUAAGGCAUAAGAUGAAAACAUUCAGGUAUAAUUAAAAAUUAGACAGGAGA